UGGACACGAGCCUUGUCACUGGACUUAGCACAGCUUGGGAAGAAGGAGACAUUCCGCCGGUGUUCUGUAGCAGGACUGAUUCGGUUAGAAUACAGAAAUGCCACCUAAGCUAAAGGGAAAAGCUCAAAAGAAAAAGAAGACAAAAAAGCAAAAGGAUGGAUCAGGUUCAAUUGAGGAACAGUACCGUAGAGCAGCUUUGGAAGUGGAUGUUUUACAGGAUCAUUUGGCUCUGCGCAGACAUGUGACCCGGCGGGCUCAAGAACUCAAAGAGGAAUUGCAAGAGAAAUUACAGGUGCUGCAAAGUGACAUUGAAGGGGAGAGAGAUGAGAAACAGGCUAUAUACAGCGAAAUGACGCGUAAGCAUCGGAACUUGGAGCUUGAAAGCUCAGAACACAUCCAGUCUCUGGAAGAAGAGGUUGCAGAACUGAAAUUGAAACUUGGUAAAUCCCAGAAUGAACUGCGAAUGUUUCAGGAGGAAUCUGCACGUAAAGCAGCAGAGAAAGAGGCGGAGAUCACAGACCUACGGAUUGAGGUGGAGAAUAUGGAGAAAGAAUAUGAGACUUUGCUGCAUUCCUGUCUUGAUCAGCUGCUCUCUAAGCUUAAUACAGCUGAUCUGCAGUGGACAAAGCAAGCCCUUUCCAUCCAUCAGCAACACAAAGAGAUGCUUCUUGACUGUGGCCUCAACCCUCUGGACAUCUGAAUUAUGAAAUAAUGCAAUAAGUGAUGGUGUUAUCAUGUAUAUUAAAUUAAUAAAGUAAACUGUCCAUUAUUUAGUAGAUGUGAGGGGUAUCUAUAAAGGAGACCAACAGGUGUGAUCGGUAUCUCUUACGAAAAUCUCCAAUAUGUACAAAGGUGCAAA